AACAAACGCCAUUUAUUUAAUAAAAAAUGGCUGCCAUGUUGUUGGCGACUGUUGGGCGCUUGUUUGGGAAUUAAUGUUUGUCUCAUAAAAUAUAAUGUGUUUUAUCAAUUGUCUAACUGUAAUUACAAGAAGUUUAUUAAGCGAAUAAGUAUUCUGAUAAAAGUGCACCAGCAGUCUGCCUUGGCAGAUCAGAUGUUCAUCCCACCACAUCUAGUAAUAUAAGAAUAGACAUUAAGUUUGCUGCCGAGGUUUCUACAUUAAUCUGACAAAAUGUGGCCAGCAUCGCAGUACUCCCAUUCCAAUCAGCAUGCUCAGAAUGCAGCGAAAGCCAAUGAGCAUCAGAACCAGCAAAACUUGAAGACGCUGGGAAUGACAUCUGCUAUUUCAAUGGCAGGUCCAAAACCCAUAGACAUAGAGAAAACAAAUGAGCUCAAAGAUGCUUUGGUUCCAUUCGGAGUGUUUGAAUCUGAACAAGAGAUGCACCAUCGUAUGGAGGUAUUGGGAUCAUUGCACAGACUCGUGAGGCAGUGGAUCAGGGACGAGUCGCUCAGGAAAAACAUGCCGCCCAGUGUGGCUGACACAGUUGGUGGGAAUAUCUACACGUUUGGAUCUUAUAGACUUGGGGUGCAUCACCGCGGAGCUGAUAUCGACGCUCUGUGUGUGGCCCCGCGGCACAUCGACCGCUCCGACUACUUCGCUUCCUUCUAUGAGCUCCUCAAGACACAGCCCCAGGUGAAGGAUUUGCGUGCAGUUGAAGACGCGUUUGUGCCAGUCAUCAAGAUGAACUUUGACGGAAUAGAGAUUGAUUUGCUGUUUGCAAGACUUGCACUCAAGGAAAUACCAGAUUCCUUCGACCUCCGUGACGACAUAUUGCUCAAGAACCUGGACCAGAAGUGCGUGCGCUCGCUCAACGGCUGCCGCGUGACGGACGAGAUCCUGCGCCUCGUGCCCAACAUCAACAACUUCCGCCUCACGCUGCGCGCCAUCAAGCUGUGGGCCAAACGCCACGGCAUAUACUCCAAUACGUUGGGCUACCUGGGUGGAGUGUCCUGGGCGAUGUUGGUCGCGCGGACCUGUCAGCUGUACCCCAAUGCUCUGCCCGCUACGCUGCUACACAAGUUCUUCCUGGUCUUCAGCCAGUGGAAAUGGCCGCAGCCUGUGCUGCUGAAACAACCGGAUUCUGUCAACCUUGGCUUCCCAGUGUGGGACCCUCGGGUGAAUGUGUCGGACCGGUUUCACUUGAUGCCAAUCAUAACUCCCGCUUACCCGCAGCAGAACUCUACCUUCAACGUGUCUGCGUCUACCAGGACUGUCAUCAUGGAAGAGUUCAGACUCGGUUUGGACAUAACAGAUGAAAUAAUGCUCGGCAAGUGUGGCUGGGAGAGACUGUUCGAGGCGCCGCACUUCUUCUCCAGGUACAAGCACUUCAUAGUGCUGCUGGCGUCCUCCGCCUGCGCGCAGGACCAGCUGCAGUGGUGCGGACUCAUCGAGAGCAAGAUCAGACACCUCAUCACAACGCUGGAAAGAAAUCCCCACAUAACAAUAGCGCACGUCAACCCAGAGUGUUACAACUCAGUCCCACUGAACACCAACAAUGGUCAGCCGCUUGCCUUGCCGCCAGGUAUUGCUGUGUCAUCAGAAAAUGUUAAUGAGAUCAACAAAAAUGAAGAAGGCGAGGUGAUAGCAAACGUGUGCUCCAUGUGGUUCAUCGGGCUGGUGUUCGACAAGACGAACGUGAACGUGGACCUCACGUACGACAUCUCGUCCUUCACCAAGGCGGUGCACUACCAGGCCGAGAACACUAACAUGCUGCGGGAGGGGAUGACUAUAGAGGCACGUCACGUACGACGCAAACAACUGCACCAAUUCCUCUCACCGUCGCUGGUCAUCAAGAAAGAGCGCACACAGUCGGGAGCCAAGCGCAAACACGACGGACCCCCGACCAGCGCGCCCAACACACACACGACCGCGCCCGUUAAGAAGACCAAACGAUUGUCUGAGAGUAGCACGGACGAAGUCAGCAUCCUGUCCUACAACGAAGACUCGAACUCGUCAAACAUGGUCGAAGUCAACAUACAGAACGGCAACGCCAACCACUCACAGGACACUGACAGAAACAAACCAGCAGACAAACAGAUGGCAAAACCGGAGCACACACCCUCAACGUCCAGCACCAUAGCGUGCACGUAGCAGUACGAGGAGUGGCGUCACAGGUUCAUAUACGGAACCAGCAGCGUCAAGCAGAACCGUGUGAAGCGCGCCUAAGACGUUCACAACCCAAUAGUGUAGUCUAGCCUUUACGGCUACCGGACAAAUUAUUAUGAUAAACUUCAGUUUUUGAAGAUAUAAGUGACAGUGAUUUAGUUAAGGCAAUGUGAUAGUGACGUGAACAAGUGGAUGUUUUAAAAAAAAACUUCAAAAUGUGGCAGUUGGGCUAUAUUGAAUGUCGUAACAAUCUGAACUUCUAUGUGGUUUUGUAUGAAGCGAUUUGAAGAAUUUUUACUAACGGUAAGUUGGUAGUGAAAUUUACCCAAAUAUUUUAAUAUUCAUGAUGCAUAAUGUGACUUAGAAGAUUUUCACAGUUAUCCUUGGCACAGUUAACAUAAUAUUUAGUGAAUGUAAUGUCUAUUUAUUUAUCUUGGGUGCAUUGUAGUCUAUAUACAUGAAAAUUUAGAAUGGUACAUGGAAUGACAAUAUUUUCAAAAUUCAAAAUUCUACUAAAACGACGAUACUAUGUUUAGUUUACAAGCACUUUUAAAACAUCAAGGUUGACUAUUUGUAAAGACUUCCAACGAUUCAUAUACAGCAGAACUGAAAUAUAUCAUUAUUAUAGAAAAGAAUUUCAAUUAAUUUAAUUUAGAAUGUAUAUUUUAUUAAUUCUCCUAUUUCAUUUAUAUUUUUUAUAUUAAUUUUUUUAGUCAAUGAAAAAAUUAACAGAAAUUCAAGAGUUUGUUUGAGACUUUAGUAGCUAUCAAUGAAUAUUGUUAAGUACUAGGAUUUAGAAUGGGACACUGAUGUUUCAUGUGUGACUUAAUUACACACAAACAAUCAGAACAACCAUUGUCUAAAAUCAAUCGCAGCUGAGUUCCAAUCACUCCAAUGUUACUUUGCUUUGCUCCGAAACUAAACCACCCCAAACAGCCUAAAAGUAGUGUUGUCUUACUGGAGCCAAAUUUCGAAUUUAUAAAAGGGUCAGAUUAUAAUAAAAAAUAUUUCAAAUAAGAUUUUAAUCAGCAGUGUUCAUUAAAUUUAAAAUUUGUGAGUCUAAGAUAACUUCAAUAAAUUGCCAUGAAAUUCAACUAAUAAUAUUGUGUAGGUCGGUUAUGUUUGUGGAUAUUGUUUGUUUGCAGGUAUACUGGUGGUUGCUGCAGACAAGUGAGUUGUUCAUAACAAAUAGAUGACACAGACUAAAGCAAAAAGGUAGAAAAAUCAAAUAAUACAACUUUGUUUUUCAAUGUUAUCUAAUUAGAAAUUAUUUUUAAUUGGCAUAAUAAUUUAAAAGUUACUAGUGACCUAUAAACAUAAACCUCGUGCUCAGAAAUAGUAGAUUCACAACAAAAUGCUUUAAUUUUGAUUUUUGUAGUCAACAACCACCCACCCACAAUCAAUACAUACAUGUCUUCAAAUAUAUUCUUAUUCCAUCUUAGAUAAAGUGAUAAGUAUUAAAAAAAUGUUUUUUUAUACUGUAUUUUUACAUCUUAAAAAUAGUUUUUUUUUCUACAAUUUAUUCACAAUAUCUACCUUUUUCCUUUAGUCUGUGUGAAACAAUAGUUAGGAAAAAUCUAAUGGCGUUGGCGAGGAAACUAUUCCAGAGCUAAUGUAAAAAAUGUAAAUAAUAUUUUCAUGAUGACAAGAAACAUAUUAUAAACUUAUAUUUCAGAGGAUUUUUUAUCUUAGACACUUUAUGAUGUUGUAAUUUCUCAUAGUGCUCAUGGUAUCACAUCAGAUUGUAAUGCAGAUCACUUCCCCAAUGCUGAAACGGUUCAUGAACUUCAGGCGCACUAAAUCACUUACUUUGGUAACAUGUUGGAACAUUUAAAUAAGACCUACCAGACUUUGUUCUUCUCGACUAAAACAUUUUACAUCAUGAAUAUCUUGCUUAAACAUGAAUAUACUAUACUACAGGCUUUCUUAAUUUACAAACAAAUAAAUUAGAAAUUAAGGUAUAAAAAGUAUGUCAUUACAUAACUUAUUUAUUUUCAAUUAUGUAUGAUUUGCUUAAAAAAUGUUAUAUAAAAUUUAUUAACCAUAUCUAAUUGUUCUAAGCUUACUAAUUAAAUUUAUUUUCAUUAAUUUAAGACCAAGUUAAUUAUUAUUAUUAUGAGGUGUGACUAGUGAUUUAUAUCCUUAUUUUUUAAAUUGUUUGUUGGUAAACAGUAUUCAUCAAGAAGACCAUAAAAUAAAUAGUUGUCCCUAAAUAAUAAAUCCCACUUCUGAAUAAAAUAAAAUGACCCUAGACUGCAAUUAUCAUUUUUCGCAUUGUUACAAUGAGGCUGAAGUCAAGGAGCUCACCUACUUACCACCCAUGUUAUAUUUAUCAACUAACCUACUCAAGCAAAUAUUGUUCUUCCAUAAAAAAUCUCUUAUUAGAAAAACAAUAAAAUCGCGAUUAAAUAAUGGGAGGUAGGAAGGAGGUAAUAGGGUGAAAAAUACUCAUAUUCUUAUAACAAACACUGUGACUGACUUAAAUGUAUUUAAAUUAAUUCAAACAAUCAACAAUGUAUGUUUAACGUGCGCUUGAAUUUAAUGAACGUUUCAGUGUCCUGCCUUGAAAAAAAAUAGAUGUUUUUUAUACUGACAAGAGAUUCCUAUAAUAAAUAGAUUUCUUGCAAACGCCUCUUUUUAGUACAAAGUGGAAGAAAAUGUUUUUUUUUGUUGUGAAUUAUUUGCCAAUAAUUCAUUCACUUAAUAUUCCUUCACUUCUGAAAUUGACCAUGUUUUUUUACGAGAACAGCGAAUGCUAAGGUAUCUUUUUUUUUAAAGUUUCUUCUACUUGUUGGUUUAUUUUCACUAUUCCAAAUUUAUAUCACUCACAUAUCAGGUACUUAUUUGCACUAUUAUUAUCCGCCUAUGUCGAAAAUAUAUAAUGAAUGGCAACAUUUUUAGACUAUGUAAUAUCAUAUUAUCUGAACCAAUUAAACUAUUGCUAUAUAUUUUUGUAGAUGAAAAAUGUUGUUCUGUUAUAAGUAAUAGUUUUACAUCAAGCAAGCCAUAAUUUCCGUGAACUAAAGAAAAAAUAAUCUAACUAAGUCACACUAUUGGAUAGUUAAUUGAUUAUGAAACACGGCUAAAACUCACAUGAUGUAAGGUUGGAAUAUACCCGACUAGUUUCGAACCCAUACCGGGGCCUUAGUUAUGAGCUGGUUCUGUGCGGUCUUCUGAAGAUGACAUUAAUGAACCGUCGGAGAGUGUAGCGGAACCUUCACUCCCCACUACUCAACCCCUCUCCCAGCGCGCGAUGCGAGCGGCUGCGCGCCGCGCCGCCGCUUGGAUCUGGCCGCGUUGCAAGAACCAUCUCAUGACUAAGGGCCCCGUAUGGGUUCGAAACUAGUCAGGCAUACUCCAACCUUAUAUCAUGUGAGUUUUAGCCGUGGUUCAUAAUCAAUUAAUAUGAAUAACACUCACGAUAGUUUAAAUUCUAAAAUAUUGGAUAGUUAGUCGAACAAAUUUGAUCUCUUAUUGAUAAAUAAAUAUUAUAUCUGUUAGUGUUUAUUUGUAUAAAAAAAAAUACCAAAUAUUUUACUACAACGAAAAAUAUUUUUUGUGAUAGUUAUUAUUAGAAAUGAUAUUCAUUUAAAUUUUACAAGAGUUGAUUAAUAAAAAUGAAGCCAUAAACCAUACUAAAAAUGGUUGCAUCUAUUAAAAAUAUUAGCCUAUUCCUUUUUUUUAUAACAUCACUUCAAUAUCGUACUAGUACGUGGAUAUUUGUAUCUUUCGCGUGUAGUGACGUGAUGUGUUGUUUGUUGUUGCUGCUUUUCACGUUGGCCAAUAUGUUGGCUAUCAUAUAGUGCUGGUGUUUCUGAACAACCACAAUAUUCGCCACAUUCUUAGCCAACAUUAAAAGGGAGUGAAUUAAUCAACAUCCUCGCAUCCCUUUUAGAUUCCCGCGUUAUAAACGUCAAUAUUGGCGGAGUAAUAUUGCCAACAUAAUUAUUGGAAUAAUUGCAAACGUAUGCGUUCAGAAACCGCCACAUCCAACUCUUUGCAACAUCAUAACAAAAUAAUGAUAACAGUUUUUUUUUAAAUAAACACGUCGAAUUCUUAACCUUUCUGUUUUCGUUGGUUAAAAAGGUUAGAUGAUGAUAGAAAAUUAAACAAAAAACUGUAUUUUAUUCUUUAUUACACAUGAUUUAAAAUAUAUAAUUUUUUAAUAAUUAAAAAUGGUGCAAAUAAACAAUCAAUCAAAUUCAACUCAAUUAUUAUUUAUACAAUUCUAUAUAUGAGUGUGUGUUGGGAUAUUGAGAAUAAAUCUGUAUUAUAUUAUUUUAUAUCGUGAUUUCUUUUAAUCCUUUCCUCUAUAUAACAUAAAUAUAUCUUCAAAAAAACUGGAAACAAUAUUUUUCUUCAAAAUUUUAGUAUAAGACAAACUAGAGUUUGGCUAAUGAAAGUAGAUAUUGAAAACGCCCGGCAAAAAAAUAUCUACUAAUCUUUAUUUAAAAAAACGCAUAUGUGUGAAAACAUCACUAUAUGUUGAAUAAAAUUAAAUUGCAAUUAUUUAACUUGAGUUAUUUAAAUACUUGCACUAUUGUUUUAAAAACGUCCUUCAUUUUGUUUUAAAGGACAUGUCCCAAUUUUGUAUGGAGGCUGGGCCUUUAUUCCGAGUAUCAACUAAGCAGAACAAAUUAUUUUUAUCAUAAAAGAACAUAAAAUAUAGGGCUUAAAACCUAAAAUGAAAACUUUUUGGAACCCGCAUUUUACUUUUAUUAAUUAAAUAAAAUGUAUUUUUUUCCAUUAGCUGACAACAUUGAUUGAGAAUUUUUAUCAUGGCAACAUGCAUGUAACUCGCACCCUGACAGAUUGUGGUAAGAUUUAAGGCGGUUCUAAAGCAAUUUAUGGAUAUUUUUAUGGCAUGCUUCUCUGUCUACUAUUUAAUGUUUCUUGUGUCAUAUUGACAUUUGACAAUAUUACAUGACAUUGACAUCUUACACCGGAUAUUAAUUCAAUUCCAGUUAUUAUCAUUGGCUGUUUUUAUUGUAUUGUCUAUGUUUAAUUUGUUGACAAGGAAGCGAAAUUAAAAAAAAUAUUUCUAUAUAAAAUAAAUAAAAAUAUAAAAAUAUUUUGCUGGUUCCAAAAAUUCUGAAAAUUGUUUUUUAAGCAGUAAAAUAUACUAUCAACACGCUUGUAAAUUAUAAAUAAUAAAGGCCCAUUUUGGGGUAUGUCCAUUGCCACUCGAUUUCAGUCUCUAAUUUCAUUAGCCAAACUCUACUAAGUUUCUUGCAGGCAAUUCUUGGUCGAACAUCCUAUUUUGGGUUAUAGAAAACCCUUAAUAACUGACAGAAUUAUUUUUUAUUUAUACCAGCACUUUCAAUAAUUAAUAAUUAUUGAAAGUGCUCGUUUAGUUUAAAGUAAGCCUAUUUGAAUGAUUAUGAUAGCAUCAAAGUUAUUCAAAACGAAAACAUAAUUGCACAUUUAUCUAAAUUAUUUAUUUUUAUCUGACACUUCAAAAGAUGAUGAUUUUAGCUCAUAGGCAGGAUGAAUGAAAGGAGUAUUACAUACGGAAUUUGAGCGGAGAGUGAAAUGUUGAAAUGGAAGGCCAAGGCGAAGGUUUCAGGACAAAUCCAGGACAUAUAUGUGUGGACUUAGUGAACAUAUAUCUAUAAUCUAUAUCCAUACUAUUAUAAAUGUGAAAGUGUGUAUGUCUGUUUGUCCGUCUUUCUUGGCAUAACGGAACGACGAAUUGAAAGAGCGUGACAUAGGCUACUUUUGUCUUUCUAACCCCCACUUCCCUAAAAUGGGGGGUGGUAAUUUGUAUGGAGCAUUUGUAGGGUAGGGGUAGAGUAGGUAAGGAAGAAGUCAAAGCGAAGCUUGACCGGGUCCAAUAGUUAGCUAUAUUUCUCUAGAUGAAAAUCAUCAAUGUCGAAAAAUUAUGUUUUAUACUUUGACGAUUGAGUAUCUGGACCGCCACAACAGUCUAAACUCUAAACUCUAUAAUUGGCUAUCAUACAGUAAAAGCAUAGACUGACAAACUUUUAGUCAUUAUUAUGUCUGGCUCUUGCAGGCUCUCGGUCUAUUAUGGUAGCCGAUUUUGACAUUAGUGGUUGAAGCAUAGACAGAAAAAGUCUUUAGACAACAGAUUUUGACAUCCCAAAAUACUACAAAUUUUUCACCAAUAUAUGCUAAGUCAACUGAUAUAACUUGUUCGUUAACUUGACAUCUGACUAUCGAACACAACUAAACAAACUUAAUUCGAGCCAGAUGUCAAGUUAAUCCGCACGAGCUGUACUUGCUACUUGUACUGCAAUUUUGUACUCAAACAACCAUAUUUGGACCGUCGUUAAGCACAUGUCUCAUUUUUCACUAAGUUCACACAAGGUUUCUAGAUAGAAAACUUGUGUGAACUUAGUAAAAAAUAGACUUCAAUCUGUAGACAGAGUAGAUACUCUGUCUACGGAUUGAAGUCCAUUUUGCUUUGACAUUUUUUAUUGUUAAUGUGAUGAUUAAUUAAUUAAUUAAGAAAUAAUCAAGCGAGUCGUAGAGAAGGUGGCUCAGGAUCGUGAUGUUUUUAAGUCCCUACAAAAGCCCUUUGUGGAGUGGACGUCCAUCGGUUGAUAUGAUAAUGAAUGUGAUGAUUGAGUGCAUUGUAGUGACUACUGUUAGCUUCUAUCAUAGUACUGAAAUAUAUUAUCUAAACAAUACAUACAUAUCAAAUUUCCGUUUGUGCAAAACACAUAAAAAUACCUUUAAUUUUUUUACUUAAAAUUAAAAAACAAGUUCUUGUGAGGAUAUAGAAAACAAUAAAAGACCUUUUUUUGUACAAAACUUCAGCCCUUAUAUUAUUAGUAAAGAUAACCUGAAAUUUGUACAUCAAACCUGUUUUUUAUUAAAGACAACUAAUUUUUGUUCAAUGUCAUUUAUAUUUUGAAAAGAUUUAAAAGAAAUCACGAUAAAUAGUUAAUUGUUAACAAAAAAAUAUUCCACCUAGGUAAUAAGACUCAAAAUGUAGCUCUUGCUAAGGAACCUUCUUGAUAUUUUGUAAGUUGUAUAUAAAUAGCCAAUUCAUGAUAAUUAUAUAUAUAUGUAUAUUAAAAAAAUAUAUCUUAAAAAAAUUGAAAUAAAAAAAGGAAUAAAAUAUAUAUACAGAACAGA